AUGUCGAAGAGAAUAGAAACAAAGAUUAGGAAGUUCUUCAACAUUCCCAGGAAGGGUGAAAACUAUGAGUUCAGGUCUGGCUUAGUUUCCCAAUAUGCAGAUGAAAGAAAAGAUACAAUUCAACGUGUGAUUGCCGCAAUGACUGUUGGAAAAGAUGUCUCCGCUUUAUUUCCUGAUGUUCUAAAGAACAUAGCAACCCAUGAUAUAAAGCAGAAAAAGCUAGUGUAUCUCUAUCUCAUGAAUUAUGCGAAAACACACCCAGAAUUGGUGAUCUUGGCCACCAAUACCUUUAUGCGUGAUGCUGAAGACCCUAAUCCAUUAAUCAGAGCACUAGCAAUCAGAACUAUGGGAUGUAUUAGAGUUGACAAGAUGGUUGAUUACAUUACAAUCCCACUAAAGAAAACCUUAAGAGACGACAACCCAUAUGUACGUAAAACUGCAGUGAUCUGCGUUGCAAAGCUAUAUGAAUUGAACCCUCAAGUGUGUCAGCAACAGGGAUUUUUGGAUAUAUUACUGGAAUUAGUUGAUGAUCCUAACCAAAUGGUUGUGGCAAAUGCUGUUGCAACGUUAAUUGAGAUUUCAAAUUCCACAAAGAAAAAGUUUUUUGAAAUAGACACUGCCAUCCUUACAAAGUUACUUAAUACUUUGAAUGAUUGUAGUGAAUGGGGAAGAAUAUCUAUUCUUUCUGCUUUACUUGAGUAUAAUGCAGAAUCGGUAGCCGAAGUUCAUCAAAUAAUAGAAAAGAUUUCACCUCAGUUACAACAUGAAAAUGCGGCAGUUGUGUUAAGCUCUAUCAAAAUAUUGAUUAAGCAGUUGGAUAAAUUGACAAAUAGCGAAGUUAAAAAUGUUUUGAAUAGAUUAUCAAGUCCAUUGUGUUCUAUUUUAACAUCGGCUCCGGAAAUACAAUAUGUUGCUUUGAAAAAUAUUAGAAUUUUACUAGAAAAGUAUCCUUUUAUUUUGGAUAAGGAGCUACGUGCCUUUUUCAUUAAGUAUAAUGACCCCCUCUAUUUGAAAUUGGAGAAAAUUGAAAUUUUGGUGAGAAUAGCAAACGAGAGCAACUGUAUGUUACUAUUAGCAGAAUUAAGAGAGUAUGCAAUGGAAGUUGAUUCUGCGUUGGUCAACAGGGCUAUUAAUGGUAUUGGACAAAUUGCAAUCAAGAUUGAAAAGUGCUCAAAGAAAGCUGUUGAAGUGCUAUACGAGUUAUUCUUGGAUAGACAUGAGUAUGUUGUCGAAGAAAUAGUUAUCGUCAUACAAAAUAUUUUGAGAAGAUACUCUAAGGAAUAUGUUUCAUCAGUAAUUACUAUGAUAGCUGAUUCAAAACUCGAAUUUUUGAAUAGAUCCGAAGCAUUGUCUUCCUAUAUGUGGGUUUUAGGGGAGUACCCAAAAGAGAUUCCACAUUUGGAAGCCAAGCUUGAUAUGAUUGUUGAAGGUUUUGAAGAUUUUGAUCCAAUUGUCCAAUCUGCAGCCCUGGCAUCACUCGUAAAGAUUAGUUUGAUAAAGCCAACUGCGAAUACCCCCCAUUUAUUACAAACAAUCCUUACCAAAGCCACUAAAGAGCUAGAAAAUGCAGAAGUGAGAGAUAAAGCAUAUCUAUAUUGGAGGCUGCUUUCCACUGAUGACAAAAAAUUGCAAGAAGAAAUCAUUCUCAAUAAAUUGCCACGGCUUGAAUCAACAAUAGAGACAUUUCCACCUGGCUUGCUCGAAGAGCUAUUAGAUAACUUAGGGAAGUUAAGUUCUGUGUUUUACAAACCUGCCUCAACCUUUGUGACUCUGAACAGUAACAAUAAAUUCAUCACUUCGUCUGACCUUCAAAAUAUGAAAUUUGAAGAGUUACAACAGAUUGCCAAGAAUGAGAUAGUCAACAAAGCCGUGAGAGCGGACAAUUUACUUGAUUUCGACGACGAUCAAGAAAUUGCUGAUAAAGGAUCUCAAAAUGACCAAGACAGAUCAGAUGGUACUGUUUUGGAUGAAUUAAACGACUUAUUCUCGGGUUUAGGGACGAGCUCCACUAGUGCCACAAAUGGAAACAACCAAGAUUUAUUUGGGAUCCUUGGUUCAACCACGGGUACAAAGUCAGAGGAGUCAUCUGCUACUUCUUCAGGUAUAGUUAAUAAGAAUGCCACCAAAAAUAAUGAUAUUCUAGACCUGUUUUAG